CAAGCUUUUCUUAACCUUUCGGCUUUUCAUUUGUUUAAGAUAAUUUUUAAUUAAUAUUUGUCCGCCUAAUUUUAUUUCUCAAGUUUAUGAACUUACCUCGAGCAUUAUGAAGUCAACUGAAUUAUUCUUGAGUAUGGUGUCGUCAAAUUAAAUUGAACAAUUUGUUGUUUCACAAGGGACAAUCUUUAACCGGUUUGGGUUCCACUGGCUUUUUUUACCUCAUGCUUGUUUUUUAAUUAUUUUUUGUUGUGAGUAUUAUUCAUCUCUUGCUUACACUUUGUUUAAUGUGCUCUACUCGUCUUGGAGACCAAUGGUAAUCAGUUUUCAUCAUGUCAACCACAAGUUUGUCAUUGACUAAUACUAAAACUAGCAUUAGGGCCUCCAAUCUCGGUGAUUAUGUUAAGAACCUGAAUCCACCUACUAUUGAUAAACUUUAUUCCAAAAGCUCAUCAUGUUGCUUGGCGAUUUUUGGACAGCUACCCCCUUUAGCUAAACAGUAUGUCAUCAGAUUGUUGUUUGUUGAUCAAGGUAUUCCAAAGGAUGUCAUCUCGUCAUGGGUCAGCCAAAGUUCAAUGCAAGAGCAUCUUGAGUCAGUAAAAUUACUCUCUGAUUUGAGAAUUUGGUCAGAAUCUCCAAUUCACGGUGGCUUACCCGGCUUUAAAUUAAAUAAUACUUUCAAGAAUAACCUUCAAGUGGCACUUUUAGGAGGUGGUGAUCCUUGGGUUAUUAAACCAUGCGAUGAUAAAGAUAAACAUGGAAGAGAUGUAGCUUUUCUUGAUCAAUACGCCAUGGAAAGAUGGGAAUGUAUUUUACAUUUUAUGGUUGGAUCUCAGGGGAAUAAUGAAAGCAUCUCCAAUGACACUGUGAAAACUCUUGUACAUGCUGGUUUGAUCAAAUAUGAUUCGCCAGCUCAAGAUAAACUUCCAGCCAUCACUGCCGAUGGAUUUCAGUUUUUGUUAAUGGAUACUAAAUCUCAAGUUUGGUACUUUUUGCUACAAUAUUUAGACACGGUAGAAAGUAAAGGCUUAGACUUAGUUGAAUGUUUAACAUUCCUUUUUCAAAUCAGUUUUUUAACUCUCGGGAAGGACUAUUCAACGAUAUGUCUUAGUGAAUCUAUGUCUAACUUUCUUCAACAUCUCAGAGAGUUUGGGUUAAUAUAUCAAAGAAAGCGUAAAGAUGGACGCUUUUAUCCAACCAAGCUAGUCAUCAAUCUAACAAGCGCAUCUAAUUCACGAACUGAUUCUCGCCGUGAAGGCUUUAUCAUCGUUGAAACCAAUUAUCGAGUCUUUGCAUACACAAAUUCAUCUCUGCAGAUGGCAUUGGUAGCUUUAUUCACUGAAAUGCAAUAUCGAUUACCCAAUGUUGGACUUGGUUUGCUAAAUCGUGACAGUGUCCGACAGGCUCUCAAAAACGGUAUAACGGCUGAGCAAAUAAUAAACUUUCUCAGAGCUCAUGCUCACCCUAAGAUGAAAAAAAUACCUCCAACCGUUGUCGAUCAGAUAAGACUUUGGGAAAUUGAGCGUGAUAGAUUUAUUUUCAAAGAAGGAUUUCUUUACAGUCAAUUUUUGUCUCAAGGAGAUUUCUCGCUUCUUAGGAAUUAUGCAAAUGAUGCUGGUAACUUAAUUUGGGACAAUCCAAGUAAAAGAGUGAUGGUAGUUUCCGUGGCGGGACACGAAGAUGUUAGACGGUUUUGGAAAAGGCACAAAAAAGAUCAUUAAAUUACUAUUUAUACUUAUAUGCUCAUUUUAGCCCGUUUAUUUUAUAUCCAAUUCAAUCACAAUAUACGAUGAAUAUCUUCAUCAAAAAAAGUUCUUUCAAAGCGCUCAUCCUCAAUUUUGUUAUAAAUUUUCUGCCAUUCAAAUCUUGACUCAUUUGGUAAAAACUCCAUCAUUCCAAGUGCCUUGUAAAUGUCUAAUUUCAAAUUGAUCAAAUAUUAACUGUCAUUCAAAUUUGUCUUUGAAUGUGCUUGAUCAAACCUCAGACAAACAACUUAUCAAUGAUUCAUGAUUAUGUAUUUGUUUUCUCGAAUGUAAAUAAAAACCAAUAUUUGAGUCGCAUUUCAA